AUGCGUCUCCCCGUUUUCUCGCUGCUGCUUCCUGGGGCGUUCAUAUUGCUUCAAUUAUGUCGUUUAGAAGCCGCUGCUGUGACUGCAGGACGACCUGAGCACUUGAUUACAAAAGGUGGCGAGUGUUCUCGUUUGUUUCAUUCAAAAGGAAGUAUCGGGUGUCGUAGUCUAUCGUCUAUUGACAUGGCACCACUUUAUCCCGUUAUGAAUUCAAAUGACCUUAAAAAAUUUGUAUCAGGUCAUGCUAAAGCACCAAUUACUGAUACUAAGCACGUCUUAGUUAUGGCUGAAUCUCUAUUGAGCUACGACGUUAUUUCAUCAGGUCUUGAUCGAAUUGGAGGUCUCUUUCUCUUUCCUGAUUCCGACGCUACGAACGCGUCGUUUGAGGUCUCAAUGCCUCAAGGAGAUGGCACAAUUGAUGGACGCUUGAAUCCGUUUUCCUAUACAAAAACUAAAUGGAAUCCAACAGGUAAUGGACUGUUGGCUGAGAUGCUGCCGUUUCCUGUUGUGAUGCUGCAGAAUGCGACGACUGGCGCAGAGUUUACGAAACGUGCCCAGAUUAAUAUGAAACAAGGCAAUGGAGCGACCUAUAAGGCCUUUAUGAACUACUACUAUGGACCACAAGAUAUGGAUUCGAUCAAGUGUCUGAACUUUGUCAAUAUUUACGGCACUCGCAAUCCGAAAUGCGACCCGAUUGGAGGACAAAGUUCGUGGGCCAUGAGAGGCAAUUUAAAGUCGAAGAAGAUUGUAAUGGCUAUGGCAGGAAUGGAUACAACAUCGCUGUCGCACGUGUUAGCAUCAGGGGCUAAUACAGGGGCGUCGGGAUUUGUGGCUCUACUGGCAGCAGCUCAUGCACUCAAGGGACUGCCGGAUUCGGCUUUUGACAAGAAGGUCGUGUUUGCAGCUUUUCAGGCGGAAAAGUUUGGAUUUGUUGGAUCAAGAAAGUUUCUUGCGGACCUACAGCAAUUUACCAAUGACCCAGAAGGAGCCUGUGCUUUUCCUGUUGACGACUCGUCGUCGCCAAUGGGCAACACGUUUUGCACCUCUCCGAUGCUGAGUAGUACGGAAUUUGCUAACUUGAAACUUGCAAACAUUUCGUACGCAAUCGCAGUUGACCAGGUGGGGAUUCUACCCGAGUCAGGAAACUUUACUGUGCACGUGAACCCCUACGCAAACGAUACUAGUGAUCUUAUUGACGCCAUUUUGAAUGCACCGUCAGCUGCUUCUGCUGUUUUCGAAGGCAGCACAGGCUCUCUUCCGCCUACACCGUUGACAUCGUUUGUAAAUGAUGCUGAGUACGGCCAGCGCAACCUCGUAGGUGCGGUGCUUGCUGGAUAUAAUGACACUUACACUUCGAAAAGGACAUACAACAGUCGUCAUGAUGAGUUUACCCUUCUGGAUAUCAAAGCCGUCGUGAAGGCUGCGCAGGUGCUGGCAGAGAGUGUAUUCAUUCUCGCCUCGAGUAAUGCGACGACAGCACAGCUGGGAAAGAUUAAGGUUGAUACAUGGCUGGUCGAGUCUAUGCUGUUGUGUGUCACUACGGACUGGAAUUGCGAGCUCAUGAAAGGUUACUCACAGUUCAUGAAAACGACACUUAUUGAGUAUCUGAGCUUGCCUGAGUCGGCAUCUCCAUCUUAUUCUGUGCCGACAACGCUGUAUUCCGGUCCAAUUGACGUCGACCGAUCAAUGCUGAUUGUCAAGAACAGCGACAAUUCGAUACUCUCGCUCCUUAAUGAGUCAUGGUCGGACGAUGACUACUCUGUGCGUCUCUUUCCGAACGCGUAUGAAUUCUUUACUCGUGCCUUUCUUGCGUCCGCGAUGGUCCCGAAUGCUACUGCUGAUGCUGCUGCAUCAUGUUCACAGAGCCAAGGCUGCAACAACGGUGGAAAGGGAAUGGAAUGUGUCUACCCAGGUGUAUGCGCUAAUAAGAGUGCGUUUCAUCACGAAGCCAGCUCGCCGGGACUGAAGCGAACCUCGACGGUGCUGCAUUUUGAUAUCGUGAACUCGUCAAUGCCUCUUUGGACAGAACCGCACUGGUCUUCCGACAUUGGCAGCUAUUCAUUCCCAGACCCUGGCGCUUGGAUUGGUUGGAUCACCCUCGCUAUUGGGUUUGUAGUGACAGGUCUUGGUUCUGUCGCUUCUUUUAUGGUGCUCAAGAGCGUGCAGAAGAUGAAGUUGAUGUAA